AUGACUUCCUUCGGGCAUCGCGGGCAUCUCAGCCAGUCGUUCCAGAGACUUCGCUCUUUUCAUCUAACUCCUCGGGAACAAAGCGAUGUCCCACCAUCAGCUGCUGCGACAGCUUGUCCAUCUACGCCUCCUGCUGCCUCCCCAAAAUCCCGCUCUGCUAUCCCUCUGCUCCAUGGCCAGGCGUCGACUUCGAUACCUCAAAGCUUCAAACUUGGCAUGUGUAUCAUUCUUUCUCUUGUCUUCAUUGGCACCAUAUCAUGCGUAUUCAAUGGUGCUGAUGCAGGAGAUCCGCCUUUCAAGAAUAUGUUGGACAACGUUAGUCCUGGUAUUGUUCUGAUCGGUGACAACGUCGAUGUAGAUGUUGACGAGCCUUCUAUUACUAUUCGGUGGUCUAUCAUGGCGUGUGGACAGGCCAAUGUGCUCCCAGGUUCAGAGGGUUCGCAUGGUAGCCAGAACUGCGGGCUUCCCAAUGAGCUUGUAUACAUAUACGUCGACGGGUCUGUGUCUUCGUCCCCAACAGCCACCUACAAUCCUACCGAAAUACCAUUCAACAAAGAUACUGGGCUACGGAGAAACAUACAGAACCUUGUGCAAUUCGAUAGCGACCACGUCCUCGACGUGAGCAAAGCCCGGCUCUAUCCGUUUGACACAUAUUACCUCUCAAGCACCCUGCAUGCCGUAUCGGGGACGACCAACCAAACUUUGACUAUAAGCAAACUCGCUACGAUGGCGCUGACAGCAAGCUUCGACAUCGACUCGACAGAUGUGGAGAGCUACUCGGACUUGGCUGAUGGCACGAGACUUCCGACAAGAGAUCUGGACAUGCACAUCAAUCGCCCGACGGAUGCCCGUGGAAUUGCGCUCUUGCUGUUCAUCGUCUCAUGGAUCUUAACACACGUCUGCAUCGGUCAUGUUAUCCUGGCCCGCCGGCUGCAUACCGCGAAACCCGUGCUCAAGCACCUUGUCUCUGUGGGGGCAAUGCUUGUGGCACUCCCACAGCUGAGGAACAGCAUGCCUGACGCGCCAGGUUUGGAUGGAUUUUUAAUUGGUGUGCCUCCUUCCUUUUGCCUUCUCUUUGCCUUAACCGUUUCUGCAGACACGAUCGGAUUCUUCCCACAAAUGGUCAUCGUGGGGAUGUGCAUAAUUAUUUUACUCCUUGUUGUCGUUUCGAGAGAGAUGCAUGCCAGGACGCGGGAAGGCUCUGCGCUCCCACCCCGAUCAAUGACCGUGUUCAAGGGGAACGUACCGCCACCCCCCAAGGUGCCGACGACAUCGAUGGAGAUGGCCCCUUAUGAGAUGUACAGGCUGAUGAAGCACUUGAAAGGACAGUAUGUCUUUCCUCCGGUUUCGCCUCCUGCUUUCCCUACGCAGAAAACAGGCCUGAAGAAGCAUCGGCGGUACAUGACGACGAUGGGGCCAAUAUCGGAAUGCUGA